UGGAGUAAAAUUCCAAUCAUUUUUUGUAAUUCUAUAAUAAACAUUACACAUAAUUUAUAAAUACAUAUAAAAGCAAUAUUGUCAAAAAAAUUAUAAUAAUGUACUUAAAGUUACGUAAAAUAUCUAACUAAUGCGUGCCGGCGAGUUACGAGAAGUACGUACGACGUAGUAAUUGUACGGUUUUAAUACGAACCGUUUAAUUAACCGACUGUACGUUUAGGUUAAUGGACGGGUUUCGAGCUUAGGAAAUGAACUUGUUUUGUUCGAUAUUUUAUAUAGGAGACGAUGAGUAAAUACUUUUGAAUGAAAUAAUAACUGAUAUGCUGAAACGAGGGAGACAAAUAAAUUCGUCUGGAGAGUGACUUUACGCUAAUGUGUACUUAUAAUGUCCAGGAUUGGCUGGAUACAUAACAGUCUAGAAGACGAUUACACUUCCUCUUCAAAUUCUGUCAUGGAUUUAGUGCACGGCUAUCCUCUCCUGAAGUCGUUUCUUGCGGGAGCAUUGAGUGGAACUUGCUCAACUCUUCUCUUUCAACCUCUUGAUUUAGUUAAAACUAGGAUACAAAAUGCCUCUUCAAGAGGAUCACAUAAAGGAAUGAUGAGCCUCAUGAUACAAGUUGCCAAAGAUGAAAGACUUCUUGGUUUAUGGAGAGGAACAGUUCCUUCCAUAUCGAGGUGCAUUCCUGGUAUUGGGAUGUAUUUUUGUUCAUUACAUUGGAUCCAAACUUCUUUUAACCUUGGAAAUCCGUCUCCUAUCGAAGCAGUUUGCUGUGGAGUGAUGGCAAGGACCCUAGCUGGAUCGACGUUGCUUCCUUUCACAGUCAUUAAAACGCGAUUUGAGAGUGGAGUCUACCGGUACGGCAGUUUGACAGAAGCAUUAAAAGUAAUAUAUAGGACAGAAGGAACUCGAGGUUUAUUCAGUGGUUUAAUUCCAACUCUCUUUCGUGAUGCGCCAUUCUCUGGAAUAUAUCUUAUGUUUUAUACGCAGACAAAAACAUUAAUUCCCAAAGAUUGGAAAGAAGGAUCGAGUAAAGCUCCAGCUGAUUUUGGAUGUGGACUUGCAGCAGGAUUGUUAGCUUCUUUUGUUACUCAACCUCCAGAUGUAAUCAAAACACAAAUGCAAUUAUAUCCAAAAAAAUUUGGACGCUUAAAGUCAGCAAUAAUUUUUAUUUAUCAGGAAUACGGACUUUCUGGAUUUUUCAAAGGAAUAGUUCCUCGUAUCGUUCGCAGGUCGUUAAUGUCGGCAACUGCUUGGACCAUUUACGAACAAGUGACCAGGAAUAUGGGAUUGAAAUGAAAUGAAAGUGUGCCUUAGUAUUAUUUUUGAGUUUACAAGCAUUACAGUAGUUUGAAAUAAGUUUGCGCUCGAACUAUUAUCUAAAAGACGACGAUUACAAAAUAUUCUGGAUACAUAAUAUCUAAAUGUAAUUUCUUCUAUGAAGAAAGCUUGUCUCCAUAAAUGGAUUUCAUAAAUAAAUGUAAUCUCAAAAUUUCAAAUAUUUUAAAAAA